UUCGCGGAGCUUGUGAUGUGCGCCGCGGCUGGACGGAGGGGGCUGGUGUGGUCCAGGGAUGAGCCGGAGAUAAGAAGAGGAGGGACGGACAGACAAAGGCCUGAGCGGCGGUGCCGGUACCGGGGAGGGUCCGGCUGCUGUGCGGAUUCUACUUGGAUUGCUCUUUCUCCCAAGGGAUCCCAAUAGAUCCCAGCCUCCCAGCCCAGGUGUCAAAAGAAUUUUCUUUACCAAGGAAGGAUCACGAUGUCGUCUGAAUUUAAGGUUAAAAGGAGACUUAACAUCACCUUCUGACGACAAGACAGACUUCCGCAUCCUAAAGCUUCCCCCGAUACGUUCCCCAUGGUGAUGUUGCCGUGAGAUGCAGCGGUGACGCUCGGUGACUGGGAGGCGCCAAUCCCUGCAGUGUGGACUUCAUGUUGAUAGCGCAGCAGGCGUGUGGUGGAGGGGCUGAAGACAGAGAUAAAUGUGCGGAUCUGCUGGCCCCGGGUCCCGUAGCUGACUCUUACUCACAUCGGCACAUGGUUCUUGCUUUCUCCAGUGUCAGCUGCCAGCCCUCCUAGGUGUGCCAGGGUGGAGGCCCAUGCUGUGGAUCUGUGGGACUGGGGGUCCCUGGGAAGGAUGAGGUGCUCCCUGCGAAUAUGGCUUCUCAGCACCUCCGUUCUGCUCUUCAUCAUGUCUCUCCUCUUUACCUUCUCUCACAAUGGAACGGAGGCCCCGCUGUACUUAGAGCUGGGGGGAUGGGCAUCAGCAGAGGGGCACCCGGUCCGGCUCGUGCCAGGUUACCCCGGGGUGAGGCAUCGCCCCCAGGCUCCUCAGCUCUCCAAGGACUGUGCCUGCCGCCACUGCCUGCGCCAACCUGGGCAUUCCACCUGGUUCGACGGUCACUACGAUGCGGCCAUCUCUCCUGUGUGGACCCUGGAGAACCUGGAGCUGCCGGCCGAUGUACAGCACUGGUGGAUGAUGCUGCAGCCUCAGUUCCGGUCACAGAACACCCUGGAGGUCCUGACUCAGCUUUUCCAGAUCAUUCCUGGGCACAACCCCUACAAGCUGCAGGAUCCCCUUUUGUGCCAACGCUGCGCUGUGGUUGGAAAUUCCGGCAACCUGCGAGGAUCUGGCUACGGAAAAGACAUCGACAGCCACAGCUUCAUUAUGAGGAUAAACCAGGCUCCGACACUUGGCUUUGAGAACGACGUUGGCUCCAGAACCACCCACCACUUCAUGUACCCAGAGAGUGCAAAGAAUCUGCCUACCAACGUCAGCUUCGUGCUGGUGCCGUUUAAAGCUCUGGAUCUCCUGUGGAUCACCAGCGCGCUCUCUACCGGGCAGAUCCACUUCACAUACGCCCCGGUGAAGGCGUUCCUGCGGGUGGACAAGGAUAAGGUUCAGAUCUACAAUCCAGCGUUCUUUAAAUACAUCCAUGACCGCUGGACGGAGCAUCAUGGCCGCUACCCCUCCACCGGCAUGCUGGUCCUGUUCUUCGCCCUCCAUGUCUGUGACGAGGUGGAUGUUUUUGGUUUUGGUGCAGACAGUCGGGGAAAUUGGCAUCACUACUGGGAAAACAACCGCUACGCCGGUGAAUUCCGCAAAACUGGCGUCCAUGAUGCCGACUUUGAGGCGCAGCUCAUUGACACACUUGCCCGGGAGGGAAAAAUCAAGGUGUAUGGUGGGCAGUCUCUGUAAGCUCCGCCUACAUUUCAUAGACGGCAGAGGUCCCGCCCCUGCAGAACUGGCCAAGCCGCUAUUUUUCUAGUCUCGCCCUGAUGGCGGCUUCAGAGUUUGACUUUUGUUGUAAUAUUGGAUUCUGCCUCCAGCGUGGAUUUGGGGGUGACCAGACGGGGUGCCCUCCAUGUGCACUGACGACUAGAAGACUACGUAUUACUACGUGCUGUAUCCCCGCCGAGCAGCCUCCUGGCACUGAGGGCCUCACUAACGACAAUCUCCGGUGACGUACGCCUUGUUCAAUCCUCUUCUUGCAUCAGCCAAUCAUGUUUGAGACAUUUUCUGACCCUGUGUCAUGAGCUGCUCCGACCCCUGGGGGUCAGCACUGAGUCCUGGGGCCCCCUUCCUAGUGCCACCAUCUGCUUGCUGUCAGUGAAUAGAGCGGUUCUCACACAGGAUUGUCUGUGUACAAUGUAACAAGAACUCAGCCGUGAGCGCAGGACAAGGUCAAGAUGGAGUUUUAUAAUAAGCUUUCCCUUAUGCUGACAGCAAGCAGAGAUAUUGAAGACUAUGGAGCUGAAACAUAUCAGAAGAUUGCAGAACUUUGCUAUCCACAUAAAUCGAUCCCUUAGUUUGUGGGUGCGGUGAUCACCCCACUUCUUCCCAGUCCUUUUUUUCCCCCUCCUCCGCCCUUUUACAUGGCUGCGUGUGGAGCCAACUUCUGAGCUGACAAUGGACUAAAUGUUUUGGGGUUCCUGCACAUGACGGAGGCUGGUGACGCCAUCAUGAUCUGUCGUACAAGAUGUCCGCCUGCACAGAGGGCCACACAAGGGUCCAGGGGGAGGGGCCAUGCUAUCCAGAGAAGCCAAUCACAGCUCUGCUUUUUAAGUCUAAAUGGCAAUGAAAUAAAUGAAUGAUGGAUUCUGAUUGGUUGCUCUGGGUCACAUGGUCUUUUGCCGACUGAUGUUGUCAGGGGCCCGAUCGCGGCUGUGCAGGCGUUGAGACGAUUUCAGUGUUUAAUAGAAAUGUGACUUUGUGAAUUUUCUUUGCUUCAACCCUUCAGUUUCCUCCUCCUUUGUGGCUCUUUGGGGGUGGGGCUUAUCAGUAUUCUUAUUCUUUGUGCACUUUCUAGAGGGAUUGUCUUUAUGGCUCUGCCCCCGGGGAACGUACAGCGAGGUUUGUUAUAAUAAAUGCAAAACACUCA